CCACAGUUGACAGUGCAUGUCAGAGCAAAAACCAAGCCAUUAGGUCGAAAUAAUUGUUUGUAGAGUGCCGAGACAGGAUUGUGUCAGGGUACAGAACUUGGGAAUGGUACCCAAAUAUUUCUGCAGCAUUUAUGGUCCCCAAGAAUACAGUGGCCUCCAUCAUUCUUAAAUUGAAGAAGUUUGGAACCACCAAGACUUCCUAGAGCUGGCCACCCGGUCAAACUGAGCAAUCGGGGGAGAAGGGCCUUGGUCAGGGAGGUGACCCAAUGGUCACUAUGACAGUGCUCUAGAGUUCUUCUGUGAUGAUGGGAGAACCUUCCAGAAGGACAACCAUCUCUGCAGCACUCCACCAAUCAUGCCUUUAUGGUAGAGUGGCCAGACGGAAGCCACUCCUCUUUAAAAGGCACAUGGCAGUCCACUUGGAGUUUGCCAAAAGGCACCUCAAGACUCUCAGACCAUGAGAAACAAGAUUCUCUGGUCUGAUGAGACCAAGAUUAAAGUCUUUGGCCUGAAUGCCAACCGUCAUGUCGGAAGGAAACCUGUCCCCAUCCCCAAGGUGAAGCAUGGUGGUGGCAGCAUCAUGCUGUGGGGGUAAUCAAAUGGUUACUCAGACUACCUGCAUUGACCAUUUUUUACACUGACUUUAUGCCCACACAAUGGACUCUACCCACACACACACUCACACAUGCAUACACUGACACCCCAACACGCGCACACAUGCAUACUGACGCCAUACACACAUUGACACACACUUUCACACUCACCACAUACGCUGCUGCUACUGUCUUAUCUAUCCUGUUGCCUAGUCACUUUACCCCUACCUAUAUGUACAUAACUACUUCAAUUACCUUGUAAACCUGCACGUCGACUCGGUACUGCUACUUCCUGUAUAUAGCCAUGCUAUAUUUACUUGUUUUUGUUAUUCACUGUGUAAUUGACUCUGCACACUGUGCUACAAUGUAGAUGGGUGAAUGGGUAGGCUGCUUGUGGAGUGAACUGUACUGGCCUCACAGGUCAGGUCUAUGCUUAAUAUUUGCCUUCCAAUUUAUAGAAUGAAAAGCGGCAUGACUGAUAAGUGUAGCAUUUUUUGAAGUGUGUAUUGACAUCUAGUUCCGCUUGCUAGGAUACAUUUAUUGGACUCUGCCGACACCUCGUGUGUGACUGGUGUCUUGCUCAGAAGCACGAGAGGCUUCCACGUCAUCUUUACUGGGGUGGUGUUUAUAACACAUAUACCAGGAAAUUGCACUUUUUGUCAACUCACGAAGCAUGGAAAAGUAGCUAGUUGGAGCUGUGGUGACAUUGAAACGCAUAAUUAGAGGACUAUAGAGUCACCAAUACGUUUAGAAAUGGAUGACGAUGUUACCAUUGAGGACGAAGGUGGACCAGAAAUACAGAAGACACCCCUUGGAAACCAGGAUUUAAGUUUCCUGCAACAAACUGUCGGACCAUUGGUGGCAGAAUAUGGAUGGUAUCUGUUGUUCAUGUGUGUGGGGGUCUACCUGGUGGUCCAGCACCUGAGCAAGAGGAGAGCCAGCCAGGGACAGAGCAGCUCGGCGUCUGGAGCAGUGCAAGAUCCCAAUGCAGUAGUGAGGAGACAAGAGGCACUGGAGGCGUCCAGGAGAAGAAUGCAGGAGGAGCUGGAUGCCAAGGCGGCCCUCUUCAGGCUGAAACAACAACAGCUGGAGGAGGAGAAGAGACAACAGAAAAUUGAGAUGUAUGACAGCAUGAAAGAGGGGAGGAGUUACAGAGGAAAAGCAAAGACAGCCCAGAACACUGAAGAGGCCAGCACAUCGACUACAGUGUUGAAACCAAAGACUGACAAGAAGCCCCUACGGAGCAGUGGCUUUAAUCCCCUGAGCGGAGAGGGAGGUGGAUCCUGUGCGUGGAGACCAGGAAGGAGAGGGCCAUCAGCUGGCGGCGGAUGAGGUUAAAGGAGGUCAGAGACACAGGCUCAGGGUAGACAUCUCCCCCUUAACCCGGAUCUAGGAUCAGAAUAUCCUACUAUCGUUCCUAACAUGAACUAUUAGGAGGAUGGAAGAAAUAUCUGACCCUGUAUCUGUGGCUAGGUGUGACUUGUGCCUACUCUGAGGUGACCUGUGAACUCUGAUAUUUGACCCAUCCGAGUCACACACACUGACUCACUGAAGGAAGCUGCCAGCAAUCUCAAAGCCCUCUUAGUUAUUGAUCUAAAUCAAUCUGUUAUUUGUUUGGGUUUAGGGAUUGGUUUCACAACGGUCUGUGUUUUAGAUCAUGUUGCCUCAGUAAUAUUAGCAUGAUCAAAAAAUACAAUGUGUUGCCAUAACGAUGGAUCCUUUCUGUUUUAAUGCCUUUGGACAACUUCUAACUAACCAGUGGUUGAAAACGAUUGUCUUGUUUCCACAUUCAAAUUGACACCUGAGAAGGACUUCUGAGUACGACAGUUUCUAAUGAUGCUAUUCCUGUAAAUGGCACCUGUGCCAGUGGGUUUGGCUGAUGACUUUCAGUGUAACUGUGUGUAUGUGUGUUUUCUUGUCUUCUUUUGGGGUUGGCAUCUGUGUAAACUUUCAAAUGUGCGCUGCCUACCAAGGCUUCAUGUUGCGAGAGUAGAUGCUAGCCAGAUGGCUUUAGUAGUGCUGUGCACCGUACUGCUUUUUAUACAAUUACAUAAAUCAGAUGUAACCGUUAGUCAUCGUGUUAUUUAUUGGAAUAUCAAUGAUCAUCAAGCAAUUUUAGUUACUGAGAAAUAAACUGACCUGCACCUUUUUAUCACAAUAAAGAUAUUAUAGAUAA